GUGACGUAGGUCAGCCAUUACUGUUUUGAUUCUUUCUCAAUCGAAAGCGACGAAAUUGAUUUUAGUGUGGAAUUCAGCGCGUCAAGCUAACAAAAAUGAAUCGCUUAUUUGGACGAGGCAAGCCAAAAGAACCUCCACCAAAUCUUAAUGACUGUAUUUCAAAUAUUGACAGUAGGGGGGAAUCCAUUGAUAAGAAAGUAGCCAGAUUAGAUGCUGAAUUAAAGAAAUAUAAAGAUCAAAUGAAGAAAAUGAGGGAAGGACCAGCUAAGAAUACAGUCAAACAGAAAGCUAUGAGAGUUUUAAAGCAGAAAAAAAUGUAUGAAAGUCAGAGAGAUCAGCUAUCAAAUCAAUCAUUUAAUUUAGAACAACAGAAUUUUGCAAUUUCUUCUUUAAAAGAUACAAAAACAACUGUUGAUGCUAUGAAAGUUGGAGUAAAAGAUUUUAAAAAGGCUUACAAACAUGUUAAUAUUGAUCAAAUUGAGAAUAUGCAAGAUGAAUUAGAAGACUUAAUGGAGAUGGCAGAUGAGGUACAAGAUGUUAUGGGUAGAAGUUAUGGUAUGCCAGAAGUAGAUGAUGAUGAAUUAGAAGCUGAGUUAGAUGCUUUAGGUGAUGAAAUAGGUUUUGAUGAAGAUACCACCUACUUAGAUGAUGCUGUAGCAGCACCUUCAGCACCUGUUGGUGAUCCUGGUGAUAGUAUGAGGGGAGAUGUACCAGUGGAUGAAUUUGGUUUACCACAGAUUCCUCAAAGUGCUAAAUGAUGACCUUUAUAUGUUAUUUUAUUACCAUGAACCAACUUAUUGUUAUGUAAAUAUUAUUAAUAUUAUAAUUUAUCAUAUUUUCAUACUGCUUAUUGAUUUUUAUUCAUCUACUGUCUUGUAAUUUAAUUCAUCCAUAAUUAAUAUAUGUUUAAUUUAUGUGGUUUUCAAGAAAAAAACAACAUAUUUAGCACAAUUGUAUUUUGCUGAAAGGCAAAAUUUAAGAUUCACAGCUUUAACAGAAUGGCAGUUAAUUUUGUAUUUGGUAGUAAAAAGACAAAGUUAGAAUCUUAUGCACCUGAACACUCUUUGUGGCCGACACGAUUCUUGAGUAAAAUCUUAUUGUUUUAUUGUCUGCAAGACAGACUGUCAUCAUCCAAUCAGAUUCAUUUUCCUUUCAAUUGCAUGUGAUUAUCGACGUACUGGAGAAGGACCAACUGGAGAAUUUUUGUCUUCUCGUGUGCCAGCAACCGGUCGGUGAAACUCUUAACAAGACUCUAGUUCUAGUCCUUAAAAAUACGAAGUUUUGCUGAAUGUUUUUAUAGCUGUGGAAAUUAUUUUUGAUUGAAAGAAAAUUUUUAACUAAAGCAUCAGAUAGAAUUUACUUUCUCUAAUAUGUAAUUAAACUAUGAAUAAUUGAACAGGAAUAUGACGAACUUUCUAUCAAGGGAAUUAACUCUGUAUGUCAUCACUACCAAUAUUAUGUAUUCUUUAUUUCAAUAAUUCUUUAAUAAAAAUUUUGAAAUAAAUUGGAAAGGGACAGAUAAUUAUCAUUUAAAGGUAUAAUUCAGUUUAUUAGCACUGUUUUAGAGUCAUUUGAUAGCAUUUUUUGUUAUGUACAUUUUUUUUUUUUGUAAAUAUAUGAGUGUAUUUGUGAAUACAAAACCUGGUUUUCUC